AGUACAGUCACAUCAUUCGUGUUCCAAGAAAGAUGUCAUCACCAAAGAUCAUCUACUUUCUACUAUUAUUUUCAUCAAUCUGUAGCUGUUUUUCCACACCUCUUAGCGUUUCAGAGGAAGACGUAAAAAAGUUCCUUCAACAGCGUAAGGCCAGACUGGAAGAUUUCAACGGCACCCUAACAAGCCGAAAUCACAUCAAAUUUUUCGAAAUACUGAAUAAUGCAGUAUUACACCCCAAGUCGGUCCGAAAUACCCUGAAUCUGAUCGCCUCGAGCUAUCCGUACUUCAAAACUCCAUCUGACACGAUCUACCAAGAAUCAAUAGAAUUCCAGCAGGAAUUCUUCCAGGUGAUGCGGGAUGUAUAUCUCAUCUGCUGGCACACAAGAGCACAAUUCUACUACAAUUCCUUUCCUUCAGGAUUCCAUCCAUUAUCACCAAAGUCUAGCAACGACAGUUUGGUGGAUUUCUGCCUCCUUUCCUCGCCGAUGCAGGGUCUUCUGUAUUUAACUUCACAAGUUCUUCUGGCCCCCAACAUAUCUUCUGCUGAGGAAUCAAGGCAAAUCUUCAACAGCAACAUCGGCCUUUGGCGCAAUCUGACAAAUUACGUUUGUAAUUGCGUUCCCAUGCAAAAAGUAAAGAGUUAUGGCUCUGAUUACGAGGACCUAUUGUCGUUGGCUUCCUUCGAACAGCAGGUGAGUGACUGGUCAGAUUCAUUUGCUGCUGUAGACACAUCCGAAGAAGUAUCUUCAACGUUAGAGACACUGAGUUUUUGGUCAUCGCAUCCUGAAGACUUUCGGAAGUCAUUGACCCAAGGACUUCAGCCAUCGGAAAUCCUGGAGGAUCUUCCGUUCUUUCCGACAGAUGCUAGCAUACGUGAGUUCAACAGCACCGCUGUCUACAAAGCUGUAACUUCACUGUUGGUCAAUGAAUCCACGGAACUUCUCCAAGAAGGGAUUGGCUUACUUCGAGACACCUUUGUAGGAUUAAUCACUGUCAAUAGGUCUGAGCCCCAGUUGAAAGCAAACAUGGAAAUGCGUUAUUUAUUCGAUAUGUCUGAGGUUACAUUGCUGCAAGUAGCUAAGAUUGCUGGAAUGCACUGGAACCUUCGAUAUGUGUCGGAUGUGGAGUUUUCGCGGUAUUUCGCGAAUUUGGACGACAACGGAGUCAUGGGUCAUUUUAUUCAUAACCCUGACCUUCCGAAGAAUCCAAUGAUUAAGAGAAUCCGAAAAUCUAUCAAUGAUUGCAUUGAGCUGUACUGGAAGGUCAUGAAAAGCCGAAGGAUUUUUCCCCGACAAAUGGAGGAACGCGAUCGGGCUGUCGUGUGCAACUUCAAAUCCGUGGGAGAGUUGACGAGCCGUGAUCGCAUACCCUUCCAGGGAGAUUUUGAAAUCGAUAACCAAAGGCCAUACAGCUAUUCGAUGAGAGAGAUCCUACUGUCGUGCAGUCGGUGCAUGGCGAUUUCGUAUAAAAUCGAUGUGGCUCUCGAUAAUUUACGGCGUAACGGAAAUUAUUCCUUUUCCAUUGAUUUGACAUAUGUUCCUCUCUUGCGGAGAAUGAAUGACUUCUUGAAAGAUGCACCGAAGGAGUAUAAAGAACAAGGGCUGACAUUGAUCAAACAUUUGUACGAAUACUCAUGGGUUUUGGAGCCACAGUUGAAGUCAAAUUCCAUUCCUAACAUCUUCUUCAUGGAAGGAAGUAGAAAACAUCGUGAUGUCUUGCUGCGGGAAUUGCAGAUAUUCGGACAACAGUUGAACAUCAAGUAUUUGGAUAAAUUUGGGGAGGAGUUGGUUCUCGAUAAUGGAACUGAUGGGUCAUUCAAAUGGGUGGGCGGACGGCAAGUGGAUCAAUUAUCUAUGGAAUCAACUGCCUAUUUGAAUCUACAAUAUAUACUCGAAGCUCUUGUGAAGUUGAUAUUUGAAGUCAUGGAGAUCAAGAAAGGAGGAUAAAUCAAUUUAGCUCGCGGGACAAGGGCUUCUGAUGAUGAUUUCUAAAUUGAAAAAUGAAUCAGAAAAUAAAAAUGUAACAAUGAACAUUGUUGAAAAGAGCAAAAACAAUUCGAUCAUAUUAUUGAACGAUAUAACUUGGGUUUAUUAAACUAUAAGGUCACUCUUCUUGGAGAGAGCCGUCUGUGGGGUCUUACGACGAAACUCUAGAUUCGAAUAUUCACUAAAUCAUAUAAACAUCUGAUAAAGCCCUCGAAGAGAAAUCAUAAUAAAAAGGCUGUGGUUUUUGGGUCUUUGUGGCUUCGAUGUUCUGCGUUCAGUUCUGCGACUGAUCUCGAAGUGAGAAUACGUCUUAAUCAAAAUCAAGUCUAUUUGCUCUUAAGAAAAGUGUUUUUUACUUAUUCGUCUGGCUUAAAAAACAAAUAACCAUCGACUCAUCCUCCGCCAUGACCAAAUAAAAUCAGACGUUAAGUGGCCUUGCGGUCAAUAAUUCACUCAGAUGUUAAUCAGUUAAUGAGUAGAGUCGACGUUUCGGUUCUACAUCAGAACCCUCAUCAGGACUAAAACCCUCUUUAUUCUCAUUUCAGCAAUAAAAUGAUAAAAUCCAUCAAUUCUAAUCCAUUAUUAAUAUUCGGGCACUGAAAGUAAUGCCGUGAAUAUUAUUGGACCUACAAAAAUGUAAUGGAAAAUUCAUUAUUGAUACCGGAUAAUAGGUUAUGAAGAAUCCUUCCGUCAAUAAAUUCAAUUAAAUCUAAA